AGUUAACAGCUCUUCUCCCUGGUGGAACUAUAGAUAGAUAGAUAUAUAAAUAGAUAGAUGGAUAGACUAACGGUUAGAGAAUUGAACAAGUGAAUUUUAAGCUACAUGAGAAAAUGUUAAACUAAUCAGACAGCUGGAGAUACAGAAAUAGGUAGGAGAAGUUGAAGGGAGACCAAAAUGACGAAUUUAAGUAAACGCGAGAGUGCCGAAAUACAAGACGACAGACCGCCAAGCCAAAACAGCUUUACAUCUGAUAGCUGUGCCAUUGACAGCUUUGCUGACAGUCAGGUUGACAGCUGCACUGACAGCUGUAAGCUGGACAGCUAUGAACAUAAUAUCGUUGAUGAAAUCUGUCUGAAAACAGUCCAGAUUUCUGAUAAAGUCCAAGUAGCAGAUGAUGCUGAGAAGGAUGCCAGUAAUGCUACCACUGUAAAGAAUGACGAGAAUGAAGAGAGUGAAGAGAAGCUGGAGAUUACUGCUGAAAACAAGAAAACAGGAUUAAAUAAAAGAACAGAACCUAUUCGACCUCCUAGAACCAAGGAUUUUAUUCCUUUUCCGUCACAUUCAAGUACAGAAUAUUAUAAUUUGUGUAAUCCUCCACCAGACAGUGAACCUCUUCCUACUCUACCCAGGAGGAAACCUUAUAUAACUAGUCCAGAUCAAACACACUCCUCUUCUAGUAUCAUUGGACAAUCCGCCAAUCCUUCUUCUAGUAUCAUUGGACAAUCCGCCAAUCCUUCUUCUAGUAACAUUGGUCAGCAGAAUUGUGUACCAGGAUCUCAAAAAUCUGAUGGAACACAUAGAGUGCAUCCUGGAACGCAUAGAGGCCAUGGAACAGAAAGGAAUCGUGGAAUACACAGGGAACGCCAAGGAACGAUGAAAGAGGAAUUGGGACAUCAUUCACUUCCCUCGUUCACCUCCACUUUAGGAUCAGAAAGAAGAGGAUGUACUAGCAGGGCUUCUGGUAUUUCUACACUAACUACCAGAACACAUCAAUAUAGGAAGAAAAAUAUGACAAAGCAAAGAAGAAAGGGAUCCACUUGUCACUGCAGAGAAAAGGGUGAUGAGAAGAUAGAUGAGGUUGUAAUCUUGUACAGUAGAUUCUGCCAGGGCAGUGCAGAGUGGGCACGGUAUCUGUACAAGCUGUUUACAGAACUAUCAAAGCAUAAAGGAAAACUAACUGUACGGCACCUACCCGUAGAAGAUAUACAACCUAUACUCCCUCAUCAGAUAGAGUCUGAUAUCUACAAUUCCCGCCUGCAACUUGUGAUAUUAUCUCCAUUAUUUCUACGCUGGAUUCAACAGCAUCCAGAUCAAUUGGUUGGCCGACUGCUGCAGCAGGAUCGUGUUAUUGCUCUUCUCCUUGGAGUCAGAGAGGAGCAGGUGUCUCCUGAGCAUAGAUCGUCCCUUGUCUCGUUCCAGCAGUGGGUUCAUCUGGAGGCUCGAGAUCAUGACCUAGAAUUCGUUCAAACUGUUCUCUACUUCUCAUCCCAGAUUCUACAAAGAACUGAGCUGAAAGAAUCUGUUCUCUCCGAAACUUUCUUUUUCACCAUUCUUCCACGAAAGGUGACUGAAUCUCAAAAUCGAGUUGUCCUUCUGCUUGAUCGCCCGGUUACCAGUCGAUCUCUUAUCCAUGUUUAUGUAGAUAAAGCAGGUAAACGAGUUCCUAUUGAUGAUGUUAAGAUGAAGAACCCUUACACUGUCCUGGCAACCAUACCGGUCUGUCUCAUGGCUAAAUCAUGCUUAGUGAAUCUUUACAUAGAGGUAGACGGAGAAAACAAAGGAUUUAGGCAGUUAAAGUGUGAAGCUAAACAGCAUGAGAUGGAAAUAAUUCUCAGCAGUGUUUUAGACCCGAUAGAAUUCUUGUGUCAAACUGUUUCUGUCUCUUCUCAGUGUAAGGAUCAGUUGGAUGAAAAAUUAACAGAAUCCUUCCUCAAUAAUAUUCCCAGGCAUGGUCUUCCUCUUCUUUCCCAGGGUAGAGAAGAAAUUAACAGGAAAGACGACUGUGAGUAUCCGACCCUUCUUCAUUUUUCUGCUGCUCACGGGCUAGAGCAGUUGACCUGCGCGCUACUAGACUGCCCUGGAGCACAAGCUGCGCUUCAAAUAAGAAAUUGUGGUGAGCUGACCCCUGAGAAGCUAGCUGCUGAAUACGGAUUUCAUGACCUAGCCGAAAUUAUAAAAUCUCAUCAGGCGCAGCCCUCAAAGUUCUCACAUAUCUACGAUUAUAUCAAACAUGGACACUUCUAUCCUCCUGGUGGUCAGCACCGUAAACCUUCUUCAAGUCUAAUCUCGGAGUUUGCAAACUCUGAUUACUCUGGUCCUGAUCCAGCUACAGAGAGUGUUUAUCAAGUUCCUCCUCCACCUAGACCAGUCACAGAGUCCCCUACUCCUGGAGUUCCUGGAGCACCCGGAGCACCUGGAGCACCUGGAGCAGGAGGGAUACCAGGGAACUACCUAGAUAUGUCAGGAUCAGGAACACCUUCUCCUUCACAGGUUCGGAAAAGUGAAAAGAAUCGAAAACCUGGAAAUCUGCGAGAUAUAACUCUUCUUCUCCAUUCAUUGGAGAUGCAUAUGGAACGAAACUCUAGAAGAAUUCUAAAUGAAGAAUCUCAGCAGAGACAUCUAUGGAGCCAAAUUGAAACACGAGAGUCUGCCCUGGACCGUGGGCCCCUAGAUCUAGGGUACGGAGGGAAUGGAGGGUAUGGAGGGUAUGGAGGAAAUGAUCAGACCUAUCAUGAAAUUCCAGACUUUUCCAGAGGUCUUCAAUAUGACAGGUUUGGAACACUCCGAGGUAGUCAAGUUAAUCGCAGUCUACGUGAGAAAUCCCGCGUUGAGCCUCAAUACUCAAACUUUAACCGGGAUCCAUUUGGUACAAUGCGAGCAGCCCGGGGUUCCAGUGUACCUUCUUCCAGUGCUAGUGAUGUUUUCCUAGAUCCAGAACCAGGAACUCAGGACAGGGUACCAGGGCACCAGGACAGGGUACCAGGGCACCAGGACAGGGUACCAGGGCACCAGGACAGGGUACCAGGGCACCAGGACAGGGUACCUGGAAUCCAUGACAGGGAACCUGAAAACCAGGAUAGGGGACCUGGAAUCCAUGAUAGGGAAUCUAGAAACCAGAACAGGACGGAUAAGAGUGUUGAGAGGGUUGAUGAACCAGAUUACCGUGGAGUAGGAGAACCUGUAGACCCUCAGCUAGCUGCCACUGAUGAACUACUUGGUCUUUUGGAGGAUUUUAAGGCGAAGUCUUACACCGUGAAAGAGAUGGAAAUACUGUUUGAGAACUGGAGGCGGAAAGUGGAAGAACCAGAAGAACAGAAUAAAAACUCUAGACCUAAUCAGAAACCUUCAAGUUCAUUGCUCAGAAUGUUUAAACCUAAGGAUCCGAAUGUAAAAUCUACCACAAGCACCAAAAAGUACACAAAGAACUGUUCCGGAAGUUUCGAUGAAGAACCGAACUUGAACGAAUCUGAGAUGAGCGUAGUCUGCCUUCCUCCCACUCCAUUGAAACCUGAAGCAAGCCAGGGAGGGGUGUCCUGUCAGAUUCUUCCAUUAAAUAGGUUUUCCUCUGACUCCUCCUUAGCCAGGAGUAAUCCUCCCCCAGCUUACAAGGAACCUCCUCCUCCAACCAAAUCAAAACCAAUUGCUGAAGUUUCUCCGUUCUCAAGUAAAAAGUAUGGAGAAAGAAAAAGUGAAUCUACUGAAACAGCAAUUGUUACUAGCAUACAUACCUCGACAGUAACCUCAACAGUGAGAAUGUUAUCAUCUUCAACAUCUGUUGCUCUAGACUCUCCACGACAAGAAGCAUCUAAUACUUUACAGUUACCAACCUCCACAGCGGUAUCUAAGCGUACUUCAACUCCUGACCUUAACCGUAAUCCUUCCGGGUACAAGAACAGCGCGAACAACCUCUCUCCGAUUCGAGAAAAGCUGAUGCAGUUCCGGAGAUCAAUAACUGAACCUCUGCUCCAGUACUUCCAUGAAGUUCAUAUGCAAUCUCCUGACAUGGAAGAACCUGACGUGCUUAACACUCCGAAGACGCUGAGUUCGAUAUCAGAGGAACAAAACCACCGGCUCUCACGCCGUCUAUUCGACUCCCAGCCUAGCGAACCCAACGAUUCCAUCACGGGCAAUAUUCAACCCGUCAAACAAUCAAGGAUUCUGGGAUUGCGGAAAACUGUGAGUUUGGCGGGAAGAAACGAAGACGACGGACAGAAUGAAGAUUGGACGCGGCAUCCGGCACCAACAAGUCAAGUUAAUGAAUAUGAAAAUAUAUCUCCCACUCCUUCCACAGAUCUGUAAAUAGAAAGUAAAACGAAUGCCACAGGUCUAAAAAAAAGAGUAACAAUAUCUGGGACCAUUUUGAAAGUAUGAGCUUAAAAGGGUAAAACCCCUCAAUGUUUAUAGAAAUCUUAAAAUUAGCCAAAAUAAGCAUUUAAAUAUAAAGCAUAAUUAUCAACAUUCGCAGCCCAUGAUUAAUAAUUGCAAAAUUAAGCAAAAUUAAAAUUUGUCCAACAAAAUUCAAUGUUUAUCAAUUGUAUCGUAAGAAACUUGCAGUAUUUUAUAUGUAAUAUGUCAAAAACAAAAACACAUCACCACCAAAGAUUCGAGUCAAAAUCCAUAAAUUUGUAUGCUUAAGAAACCAUAAAUAAACUUUAAAAUAAAGAAA